AUGCGAGACUCGCUUUUUUCCGCAACACUUAUCACAACCAGAAAUAUUAGUACCGGUGGACAUUCAAUAAGUAUCGAAGGAGAAAUUCAUCAUCUUCAUGCUCCUUCGAUUGCAAAACAAGAGAUUCGAGUAUUUAGAGCACAAGUUAAGCGACGUGUUCGCGAAGAAUUAACACCAGUUACUCUGCUUAUUGAACAAGAAAUGAGAAAGAUAAAUUUAUCUUCAGAGGCACAGCAACUAUUAACACAUCCACAACAUAUGAAAGCUGCUUUUAGUCGAGAACGUCAUAAAUGUAUUCCAAAUAUUCCACAAUCUUUAGAUUUUAUCAUUCCACAUAUGUAUACAUUGACACGUGGAUUCGAACGUUUUCUCUUAAAUGAUAAAACUACGGUUAGCGGUGGCCGCUUACUUAUAUUCUCAUCAAAUACACAACUGGACGAGUUAUUUAAAUCAUCUUAUGUUUUCUGCGAUGGUACAUUUUCUACAGUGCCAUUGAUCUUUAAUCAGCUUUAUACUUUUCAUGGAUAUAGAAGAAAUGAAGUAUUUCCAUGUGCAUUUGCGUUGCUUGGAGAUAAGAAAACGUCCACUUACAUACAGAUGAUAGAAGAUUUGAAAACAGCAGCUAUCUCUAUGGGAACUAAAUUUGAACCACUUGUAUUGAUGUCAGAUUUUGAAACAUCGUUAAUCAAAGCAUUACCAACAACUGAGCAUAAAGGAUGUUUUUUCCACUUCAACCAGAGUCUUCAUCGACGCCUGGUUAGUGAAGGACUAGCAGUAGCGUAUCGUGAUGAAGAGAAAGUACGUAAGUGGUCAAAGUAUACUAUGGCUCUUGCAUUACUACCACCUAAUGAAACUGAAAAUGCUUUGCAAUUGAUCAAGUUAGGUGCACCCAAAAGAAUGAAAAAAUUUGUACAAUAUGUACAAGAUUUUUGGUUUAACAAAAUAGGAGUAAACAUGUGGAAUGUAAAUGAUCUCAAGUUUAGAACGAAUAAUGCAUGUGAAUGUGGAGCUCAUGAUUUCAAAUUAAGUCGUUCGAAAAACACAAAAAUGGCUGAACAGAAAUUAGCUGAAAUAAAGCAGGCAUACGAAACUGGACGUUUACCACUUGAACAACAUUUAGAUUUAUUGGCUGAUUUUGUUGUUGGAAAGAAAACAACUUGA